AUGGAGCCCAGAAGCAUACUCAAGCGCAGCCAGUCUCUGAAAUCAGUGACAUGGGAAAAGCCGACAUGGACUGAUGGGAGCCUGCAGGACAAGAGGACAUCUGUGUCUCAACUUGUCGCCAAGUAUCAGGUGGGAUCCAGUCAGCAGGUCCAAACAACUACAGUAAUUGACAUUGAGGAAAAACCCAAAGAGGACUUGACCAUGUAUGAUUCAAGGGAAAAAGGGCCAAGACCAGAAGCUAGACCAGGGCUGGUUUUAAAGGAGAAGAGGAGGUCUAUCGCAGACUUCAGAGACAGCACAGAGAAAUUGAGUGUCUCUGUAAAGGCCAUAUCUGCCCUGUAUCUGUCAAAGGUUUCCCCACAAGAAACAAAGACUCUGGUGGCAUCAACAGAAUUGGGAAAGAGAACAAUAUCAACAAAGAUGGCUGAAAAUGAAGGCUACCCGCACAAAACCACUAUAGGAUCAAUGCAACAGCGACGGCGCAAAAAUGAGUUGAAAAGGCUCCUGAAGCACACUCAUCCAGAAAUUACAAUGUUGGACAAAGUUGUGGAUAAGGAGCUAGCAGCAGUGUUGAAGUCAGAGGAGGAGGAGGCAGCUGCGGAAACCGGAUAUGAGGGAGAAGUCUUCUCAAAAUGCUUGAUAUUUGAGAACUCCACCACAGGCGAGAAAGUGACGAUGAGAGGAAAGAAAGCAUGUAAAGAAACGGAGGAUGAGCGGAGGCAACGGUUGUCUGUUCAUAUGGAUGAGAUCAUGAGAGGCAAUAUUCCAGCCGCCAUGGAAAUCUAUGACAAUUUGAGAAAGCAGGAAGAGUUGGAGAACAUUCUCAUCCGAGUUGAAGAAAUUGAGAAGGACACCAGUGAGUUUCAGCCAGUGUCUCAGGAGAAGUGCUCUGCAUGCUUCAGCCCUGUUUACUCUAUGGAAAGAGUCGCCACAGACAAAUCUGUUUUUCACAAACGGUGUUUCUGCUGUAAACACUGCAAGAAGAAGUUAAGCAUGCUAAACUACGCCUCCCUGCAUGGAAAGCUGUACUGCACUUUUCACUACAAGCAGCUGCUCAGAACAAAGGGCGGUGAGGAGGAGAUGGAGCCGACACCGCAGCAUCAGGCCCCGGGGACGAACAACUGA